UCCUCGCGCCAGAUGUGCAACGGUGACGCGCGCGCUGGGUGAUGCCGUGCGUGGGAACGCAUGCGCGGACCUAUACGUGAGCAAAGCGGGGAGUCGGGUUCAAAGGAGGAAAUAUGGCGGAAAACAAAGGCGGAGGAGGCGGUGGUGGCGGGGAGGGGGCUGGGGAGGCUGCACCGGCUGGGGGUUGCCCCGAACUCUCCGCCGCUACAGCCGCUGUCGUUGUCACCUCCGCGGCGACAGUGGUGUCCCCGCCCCCUCCGGCGCCCGCCCCUCCCGACGAGAGGGAGAGCCCCGCCGCGGUGGUCCUGGCUGCGGACAAGGGCCCGGGGGAGGCGGAGGCCGCGGCGCCGGUAGUCGUGAGUGGAGGCUCGGUCUCCGGCACGGUGCCGGCGCCUCUGGGCCCGAGCCCAGCGCCCCCUGCCCUGUCCAGCGCCGCGCCGGGCCCGCUGUCUCUCCUGGACACCUGCACAGAAUGCACGCAGAGUCUGCAGAGCCGGGAGGCCGAGCCCAAGCUGCUGCCGUGCUUGCACUCCUUUUGCCGCCGUUGCUUGCCGGAACCUGAACGCCAGCUGAACGUGCCCGUGCCCGGCGGCGCCAACGGGGACAUCCAGCAGGUUGGUGUGAUCAGGUGUCCGAUCUGUCGCCAGGAAUGCAGACAAAUAGAUUUGGUAGAUAAUUACUUUGUGAAAGACACAUCUGAAGUACCAAGCAGCUCUGAUGAGAAAUCCGAACAGGUGUGUACCAGCUGUGAAGAUAAUUCCAGUGCUGUUGGUUUCUGUUUAGAAUGUGGAGAAUGGCUGUGCAAAACGUGCAUAGAAGCCCAUCAGCGAGUAAAAUUUACUAAGGAUCACAUGAUUAGAAAGAAGGAAGACGUUUCUUCAGAGGCCGUUGGAGCAUCUGGUCAACGUCCUGUGUUUUGUCCUAUCCACAAACAAGAGCAGUUAAAGCUGUUUUGUGAAACCUGCGACAGGUUGACUUGCCGAGACUGCCAGCUGUUGGAACACAAAGAGCAUAGGUAUCAAUUUUUGGAAGAAGCGUUUCAGAAUCAAAAAGGUGCUAUUGAAAAUCUAUUAGCCAAACUCCUCGAGAAGAAGAACUAUGUUAACUUCGCAGCUACUCAGGUGCAAAAUAGGAUAAAAGAAGUAAACGACACUAACAAACGAGUAGAACAGGAAAUCAAAGUCGCUAUUUUUACCCUCAUUAAUGAAAUCAAUAAAAAGGGAAAAUCUCUCUUACAACAACUUGAGACUGUAACAAAAGAGAGACGGUUGAAACUAAUACAACAACAGAAUGACAUCAGAGGCCUCUCACAGCAGGUGCAACAUGUGAUGAACUUUACCAAUUGGGCUAUUGCAAGUGGCAGUAGCACUGCGCUUCUUUAUAGCAAGCGACUGAUCACGUUCCAGCUGCGACAUAUUUUAAAAGCACGAUGUGAUCCAGUCCCAGCUGCUAAUGGAGCAAUACGCUUCCAUUGUGAUCCCACAUUCUGGGCAAAGAAUGUAGUCAACUUAGCAACAAAUUUAAAAUUAGCAAAUACAUGGAUAUCAGAAGAUUCCUUCAGUGAUGCAAUGGAGAAACAAGGUAAUCUUGUUAUUGAAAGUAAACCAACUCAAGGUUACACUCCUAAUGUAGUAGUGGGACAAGCUCCCCCAGGAGCCAACCACAUCAGCAAACCUCCAGGGCAAAUUAAUCUUGCACAACUUCGGCUCCAGCAUAUGCAACAACAAGUAUAUGCACAAAAACACCAGCAAUUACAACAGAUGAGGAUGGGGCAGCCAGCAGGGCAACUCCCCCGCCAGGCAGGCCCACAGAUGCUACAACAACAGCCUCCUAGAUUGAUAAGUAUGCAGACCAUGCAACGGGGCAUGAAUUGCGGCGCUUUCCAGGCCCACCAGAUGAGAAUGGCUCAGAAUGCUGCUCGUCUCCCAGGGAUACCACGGCACAACGGGCCCCCAUAUUCCAUGAUGCAGCCGCACUUACAGAGACAAGUAUAUGCUCAUUCAAACCCAGGACAUGCUGGCCCUUUUCCUGUUGUUUCGGUGCACAACAAUACUAUCAAUCCAACGAGCCCUACAACAGCCACCAUGGCCAAUGCUAACCGUGGCCCAACGAGCCCAUCUGUAGCAGCAAUAGAACUUAUUCCUUCUGUAACAAACCCAGAAAACCUUCCUUCCCUGCCAGACAUCCCUCCAAUUCAGCUGGAAGAUGCUGGUUCAAGUAAUUUAGAUACUUUACUAAGCAGAUAUAUCGCGGGUAGCCACCUGCCUCCCCAGCCUAUAAGCAGCAUGAAUCCCUCCCCUGGACCUUCAGCUCUGUCUCCAGGUUCAUCAGGUUUAUCGAAUUCUCACAUCCCUGUGAGGCCUCCCAGUACCUCCAGUACAGGCAGUAGAGGCAGCUGUGGUUCAUCUGGCAGAACAGUUGAGAAGAAUAAUAUUAGUUUUAAGACUGACCAUGUGAAAGUUAAGCAAGAGCCUGGCACAGAAGAAGAGGUCUGCAGUUUCUCAGGACCAGUAAAGCAAGAAAAAUCAGAGGAUGGCAGAAGGAGUGCCUGCAUGCUCAGCAGUCCUGAGAGCAGCUUGACGCCACCUCUUUCUGCAAACUUGCAUCUUGAAAGUGAAUUAGAAGCACUGGGAAGUAUGGAAAACCAUGUUAAAACUGAACCAACAGACCUGAGCGAAAGCUGCAAACAGUCGGCACACAGCCUUGUCAAUGGCAAGUCUCCAGUGCGUAGUCUCAUGCACCGAUCAGCCAGGACUGGAACAGAAGGCAACAGCAAAGAUGAUGAUCCCAAUGAGGACUGGUGUGCUGUGUGCCAAAAUGGAGGAGACCUGUUAUGCUGUGAAAAGUGCCCUAAAGUUUUCCACCUCACAUGUCACGUACCCACACUCCUCAGCUUUCCAAGUGGAGAGUGGAUAUGUACAUUUUGCCGAGAUCUAAUGAAACCUGAAGUAGAGUAUGAUUGUGACAAUUUGCAGCAUAGUAAGAAGGGAAAAACUGCACAAGGUUUGAGUCCUGUGGACCAACGGAAAUGUGAACGCCUCCUCCUUUACCUGUAUUGUCAUGAGCUGAGCAUUGAAUUCCAGGAGCCAGUCCCAGCCUCGAUUCCAAACUACUAUAAAAUAAUAAAGAAACCAAUGGAUUUAUCUACAGUAAAAAAGAAACUGCAAAAGAAACAUUCCCAGCACUACCAGACACCUGAAGAUUUUGUGGCAGAUGUGCGGCUGAUCUUCAAGAACUGUGAAAGGUUUAACGAAAUGAUGAAAGUUGUUCAAGUUUAUGCAGAAACACAAGAGAUUAAUUUGAAGGCUGAUUCAGAAGUAGCACAGGCAGGGAAGGCAGUUGCAUUGUACUUUGAAGAUAAACUUACAGAGAUCUACCCAGACAGGACCUUCCAGCCAUUACCUGAAUUUGAACAAGAAGAGGACGAUGCUGAAAUUACAGAUGAUUCCGAUGAAGAUUUUAUACAGCCGCGUAGAAAACGUCUAAAAUCAGAUGAGAGACCAGUGCAUAUAAAGUGACCUGAUUACAACAGACCUUAACUAUUGUAAAAAGCAAAAACAAACAUAUUUAAGUGUUCCUGGGAUAUUAUCACGCCAACAGGGGCCAUCUUGAUGAAGCUGAUAGUGUUCAGGCAGUAUUAGAUUACAAAAAAGCAUUUGUGCAGAAACAUUCUUGUCAAAAAGGGGGGAAAGCUUUUAACUCUUGCUUUUUCUAGUGUUUGGAUUUUCUUUUCCUUUUCCACAAAAAAUGCCCUCUCGUUUCUGAGAUGCAGAGGUGCAAGAUGAAGACAAUGCAGGUUUUGUAUGGUAUUUGUACAGACAGUAAAUUCUUUCACCACUUAGUAAUUUCUGCAAGACUGGACCAAGGCAGUCAUGCUUCGCUUUUCAUGCAGGUCUGCGGUCUUAAACUGCAAUAAACCUUCCUCAAGAUCAUCUUCAUGCAAUCCCAAAUUGUGACCUGGAUUGUAUUUAAUCAUCGUCUCAGCUAAAUAUUAUGAAGACCAUAUUUCCUGUUGAGUCAAAUAGCUAGGUUCUGCUUUUCUUUACUAGCCUUGUAUAGAAGUACUUCGACUUCAUCAUUAAACCAUUUUGAAUUGGAGAAUGCAGAAGUGCAGGUUUUUCAAUAUGUAACAUUAAGUGUGGUUGAAAUUAAUGCUUUUCAGUAAGAUUGAUGGUGUUGAAUGGAAGUCCUAUGCACACAACACUUAAGUGAGUUUCCUCUUGGAAUUAAAUCCUGUUUUUUCCCCUUAUGAGGCAAGAUGUUGGCUGCAAUACUGGUUACAUAGAUUUUUAGUAUUUUAAGAAUUAGACUAUGAUGUUAAUAACUGGUGACUAUCCAGUCUUCCCUAAUACCCGUUUCUGAUAGAUUACUAUCAGCAAACAAUAACUUUGUCAAUUACCAAAUGUGUAAAAUUUCCUGUAAUCACUCUGUCUUAUUUGUAAAUAGGGGUACUGUAAAUCCUUUCAGGACAGCAACAUUUGCUGUUCUGUUUUUAAGCUAAUGUGUAUUCUUACUAAUGUUCCUAAUCGAGAACAAAUUUGUAAUACGUUGUCUAUCUAUUUCUAAAACUGUGUUCAUAGUUUGAAGUUCUAUAUUGUUUUGUUAUAGCUACUCAGAGUUUUCUUCAGAAGCAGCUUAAGUAAAAUAUCUAAGGGAGAAGAAAAUGGGCCCACUGAAAAUAGUGUUGCUUUCCCUUCUUGAAAUGGAACAUUUGUGCAGACAGUGCAUCAGACAUGUGACUUGUCAGUAGAUGGGCUAGCUCCAGUGGAAGAUAGUGUGUACAUAAGCAGGCUCGUCAGCUCUGCUUUGAAGCAGCAUUAAGGGCGGAAAUAUCUCUGCAUUAUUUUAAUUUAGCUUUGAACAGGUAAAAUCCCUCAUGUGCUUGACCUGGUCUUGAUUGGACAGCUCCAGAUAUUCAGUUUUAAGUCCUUGUACAGAAUAUUUUUGUUAUGCUGGUUUGAAUAAAUGCAGACCGUAUAAGUGACAAAAAUGUAAAAAUUGUUCUGAAACUGGGAUUUGUUGGGGGUAGCAAAAAGCUAAAUUUUAACAUGUAUAAUGAGCAUAAAAUUCAUUAUGACAUGUAAAUGUAAUUCAUCCAUACAGGAGAAAUGAAUAGCUACUAUUGCACAAUGUAUUGACUCAGUUAUGCUCUACAGAAUUUUAAUGUAAAUGUCUUUCUUCAUUUUCCAUAUCCAGACAAAAUUACAGUGCAAAACUGUGGCUAAGAUGUGAAAAAUGGUUACGAAAGUGCAUGGCUUUUGAUUGUUUUUUAAGCUAUCUUUAAAAUAGCAUUUCAACCAGAAUCACAGUGACACUGAAUUCUAGAAUUUAUUAAGUGUACUCACAAGGCAUUUGUCUAGCAAAUGAAAUAGUUUUUAAUUCUUCUGUAUUAGAUAGUUGACCUAUUUAAUAGCCUGGUCAAAUAUUACUUUUCCUAAUAGAAAUUCAACACAGUAAUGAUGGACACGAAUCUCCAGCUCGUGUCCACUUUACUCUUUUCAGUUCGCCAGAAACAAUAUUCAACCAUGGCCUGCAUUAUGUUUUAUUAAAGGGAUCUCCUGACAUCAGAACUCAUCCACCCAAUCCAGGUAUGGGUUCAUGACAUUGGGGAAUUCCCAUGGCCGGAUAAUCUCAAUGUAAUCCAGCAUUAAUAUUUCCUUCUAUGUUCAUUUCAGGGCAGGGUGAGUGUGGACUUGGGAUUUCACCUCAUUAUGUUGACUUUCCAGCCAGAUCUUAUGAAAGUUUUGCGUGUGCACUUAAAUUGACAUUUUGGAACACCUCUGAGUGUCCAGAGGAAAAACUGGAACAAAAAACUGAUAAUUUUAGUAUUGUGCAUCAUAUUUUCUGGUGUGACUCCAUGUGCAUUCAAACACGUGCCAUUAAACUUAAAAUUUCUAGCGACUCUGGCACUGGAAUCCUGUCUUUUGUACUCUAAAGAAUAUUUUGUAAGCUGACUUUCCAUAUUGCCCAAAAGCUGCUAUCUAAUUGUCAAAAUCUUUCCAUGCUAUAUAAGUAGAAGAGCUGCUCAUCUGGGGAGUUUACUGUAACAUCUGCUAUAACCCCUCCUGCAAGUAACAUUUGGCAUUUGCCAUGGUUUGAUUUGUGCAACCUUACAGGGUUUAGUAUGGAAGAAAACAGUAGUGUUUUCAGAUUGUAAGGAUGCUUCUAUUCUGUACAAAACAAUAAAUAGCCUUCUCAAACACGUUAAUUUUUGGUUGCUUUUUCCAUUUGGUACUUGAAAGACAGUGGAUAAUAAAAAAAUUCUGUACAGUUACAUUUUGUUUGUGAUGAAGGGUGUCUGAGCUAGAUGAAUAUGUCCAUCUAGACUUCAUACAUUUUAUCAGAACUGAUGAUUCAGUCAGCCAGAGUAACUCUUCUGCCAGCUGGUAUGUCCAACCAAUGGCAGCUCAGCACAAUUUUUGCUCAAAGUGUGCGAAGUCAGAGCAGCCUCCAUUUGGCAGGAUGCCUGUGCAAUAAUUCAGCUACAGUGGGAUUGACAACACAUCUUAUGUUAAAGAUCAAGUUUGAGGUAGAUAGUGGAGCUUCCCUGGCAUGUGAUAUGGGUUUACCAGUGCUGCAUAAUUACAAUGUAACUUAUGUACAAUGCGGUUCCAAGAUAUUCUGUUGCUUAAUUGGACUCUUAAGCUCUGAUUUUAAAUGUUCUUGUAAAAACAAAAAAACUCCAAUAUCUCAGUUGUGUAUGUUCCUAAAGUUUAUGUUAAUCCAAAGAAGAAAAAGGCAGUUUGCUUUGAAACAGGAAGGACAACUGUACAGCAUGCUGACUGUGGACUUCUCAAUUACCUCAGCAGGUCCCCUGCCAUGUAAUUAGUAGUGAUUAAUGUUAGUUUAACCAGCUAAGUAUGUUCAGGUCUUAAUUGACUGUAUCCUGGAAUUAAGUGUCCUACCAUAUACUACUACGGCUGAGUUACUAUCCAAAAAAAAAAAGGGGGUGCCCCCCCAAGCUUUUAAGUAGAAAUGCUGUUAGGUGUAGAUAGCCUUUUUCAAAUGAAAAGAUUCCCAUUAAUACUGAUUGGAGUGGUAUUGACUGAUAGCAUAUUCAGCACUGGAUAGAGAACAUGGAAUGUUUUAUAAACAUUUCUGCAAGCCACUACAACCAACCAAUAUUUUUGAACAAAUCACCACUAAUUUGCCAUUCUGUUGUAUAACCUAGUUUAUUCGCCAGCCCUAUCUAAGGUAAUGGCCAUGGUAUGUUGAAGUUGAGUGUAUAAUGUGCUGGAUGUAGGCUUUUUUCCUUUUUCCUUCUGUUCCUUGGAAAAAGCAAUAAAACUGCUUUGUCUGUUGCCUAUUAGCAUGGCAAGAAUCUUUUCUUUUGGAUAGUGGUUUUAUAGGAAGGUUUUAUGUGUAUUGCCCAAGUCUAGCUUAAAAAAAUAAUAAAAGUGUGCAGUUAUAGUGUGGCAUUUUAUUUUAAAAAUUGGGGAAAGUUAACAUAUUUUUUUAAAAAGUAGGUGUUUGAGUAAAUAAUGGAGGUACUUUUCUAAAAACUUUAUAUGCCACAAUUUACAUAGACCUAUUUCAGAUUAAUGCACAAGACCUGUGACGUCAGAUAUGGCCACCACAUUUUCCUUUAUCUCAGUUGCAUGAAUGGAAACUCCAUCUGUCCUAGCUGUUUGUGUUUGCCUACUUGUUUCUCCCCUCUUUUUUGGUGAUGUGUCUGAAUCAAAAUACUUUUAAAAAAUUGUACUUGGGGUAGCUGAGUUACAAUAACAAAAUGCAGUUUGCCCCUUUGCUGUCAGAGUGCUUUUUGCAGUUAAGGAGCUGCUGCUUUUGUUUACCAUGAUUUGUGACUGUGUACAACGAUAUGCGAAGAAUUUUAUGGGUCUUUUCCUUUGUUCAGCGUUCCCCUUAGUAUGAACAUGAAUUGCAAAAUGGAAGAUGAUGCAUGUUUGUUAAAGGCCUGCAGAUGUGGACAUUUCUUCAGUUCAAAAUGCCAUUAAAUGUGUAUAUAACAGGUCUAUAAAGAUUUGUGCAAUUAAAAAGCCUGUUUUAAUUUUUUAUGUAAACAUGCAAAUUAAAGGGUUCGGUUCCCAGCAUUCUUAAUUUCUUUCCGGUAAUUAAAACUGGUACUUUUUGCACAUAAUCAACUUUACUGAUUCUUCAAAAAAGUGCUGUUUUUGUGGUAUUGUAUUCUCUGAAUAAUAUUUAAUUUUUUAAACAAGUUAACGUUCCUAAUUGUUCAGUUCCUGUGUUUUUGGCUGGUGUGUAAUAAAGGCAUUUUUCCCCUUUUAUGUGAUUAUUUAAUACAUUUAGCAGCCUGUAAAUAUUUCUUGUUAAAUGCUCUGGAAUGUGGUGUAGCAGUUGUACUAGAACAGUUUUAAGAAGCAUUGUUUGAAAGCCACUUUUGUUUUGGUUAUUUCUAUUAAAUUAGAAAAGGAAGAAUCUU